UAAAAGUCUGCCUUAUCUCUUGGCCAAAAGAAUUAUAUCCCACUUGAGACUGGACUCUGAAAGGAAAGGGUGUGUUUCUACACAUCUACAACGAGUUUAAACAGAGAUAGAAACUUCAGCAAGGCAGCUGAACUUCACAACUUGGGAAGUCUGAUCAUGGCUCAGCAAGGGAAGGGAGCGGAGGGGACUGUUAAGAGGCCUUUGGUGAAAGCAGAGGAUUUAACUGGUGCAAAGGAUAACCUGCACUCUGGAACAGAGGUGAAGAGCAAGACCUUCGAGGUGAUGCAGGAAUGCGAAAGAGCUGGGACGGUCGCUCCAUCCAUAUUCAGUAAAGUUCGCUCUGGAUCUGAGACUGCCUUUGACAAAUCCAGCAAGAGAAAGUAGCACAGUGGGACCACACAAUUACAACUUCACUGAAUUGCAGCUGAAACCAAUUAAUGAUAAAUAUUCUCAAGCAUUUAUCUAAUUGAAAACACCAGCUUCAAAACGACACAAUCCUAAUGUUUUUUUCUCUCUCGACUGAAUGCAAAACAUAAUCUAUUUUCUUCUUUGAGUCAAACAGUUUGAAAUAUGUCAUUAUAUGAAAUCAAUUUUAUUCAAUAUAAUUAGUAUUUCACAUUACUAUCAAAAGAUUCCUUUGCAGAACAGACAAAAACAGUAAGACAGGACGAUGGAGAAUGACAAAAGAGGGGGAUAAAACAAAAUAAAGAAUUUAGACUGGUCUCUGAGGAUGUUAUUAGAGAAAAAAAAAUGUCUUCCCUGUUUUUUCUACCAGUUUUCUGGCUUUGAACACAUGUAGAACAAUACAGUAGCUGCAAUUUGCCCUCUGAUUAGCUUGAUAUAGCUAUAGCUGUCAUACUGUCAAAACCUUUAGGACAAAUGUAAAAUAAACGGCCAGUAAAGCAAAUAAAAAGCUGGGUGUACAGAGAAAGCCAGAGAGGGUUAUGGU